AUUCUCUCUUAAAUGCAUCGCUGGAAAUAAUGAAUUUCAAUAUAAUUUUUAUUUGUUGUAUUUUACUAUUACGGGUCGUAACAGUAGUGGAGAGUGGUAAGAGAGGUCGUCAAGGACGGUCUCGUGGCCAAGGACCUCGUGGUGUCCUUGUUGGAGGCAAGGACCAGAGCCCAAGAGCUCAAAUUGACCUCCAACACCAGUACCUGGAUGGUCUCCAGGCAGUCGUCCUGAAGCGUCAGGACGAGGGUCCUGACGUAGAAGCAACUCGUGAAGACAGUGCUGACGGAGGUCGUCUUCUUGGAGAGCUAGGUGCUCAGGGAGGUCACCUUCGACAGCACGGUGUUCAGGGAGGUCUUGGAGAGCUAGGUGCUGAGGGAGGUCACCUUCGACAGCACGGUGUUCAGGGAGGUCUCCUUCGACAGCACGGUGCUCAGGGAGGUCACCUUCGACAGCACGGUGUUCAGGGAGGUCUUGGAGAGCUAGGUGCUCAGGGAGGUCACCUUCGACAGCACGGUGUUCAGGGAGGUCUUGGAGAGCUAGGUGCUCAGGGAGAUCACCUUCGACAGCACGGUGUUCAGGGAGGUCUUGGAAAGCUAGGUGCUGAGGGAGGUCACCUUCGACAGCACGGUGUUCAGGGAGGUCUUGGAGAGCUAGGUGAUCAGGGAGGUCACCUUCGACAGCACGGUGUUCAGGGAGGUCUUGGAGAGCUAGGUGCUGAGGGAGGUCACCUUCGACAGCACGGUGUUCAGGGAGGUCUUGGAGAGCUAGGUGCUGAGGGAGGUCACCUUCGACAGUACGGUGUUCAGGGAGGUCACCUUCGACAGCACGGUGUUCAGGGAGGUCACCUUCGACAGCACGGUGUUCAGGGAGGUCACCUUCGACAGCACGGUGUUCAGGGAGGUCACCUUCGACAGCACGGUGUUCAGGGAGGUCACCUUCGACAGCACGGUGUUCAGGGAGGUCACCUUCGACAGCACGAUGAUAAGGACCUCGCUCAUCCUCGACAAGACAGUGUUGAGCUCAGUCAUGGCGCUCUCAAGGAUCAGCUGCAGAAUUUGCAGGUCCUUCUUGAAGAGUCCAGGCGACAGGAACAUCACUCCAGGGAAGUCUACAAGGAGAUGGAGUAUCUCCAUCAGGAGUGCUCUCUUGUUAUACCCGAGGUCGGUGUGCUCUUUCAAAAGGAACACAGUAAAACUGAGGAGCUGAGAGAUCUUGCUGAUGCUAAAGCUCUUGAGCUGGAAGCUUUACAAAACACCCAUAGGAGCCUCAAGCGCGAGCAUGGCAAAGCCAAUGCUAAAGUGAAGGAAUGGGACCAGAAAACGUAUGAUCAAGUCCAGGCUCGUAACCAGGUUGUACACAAACACAAUAUUUUGCAGGAAGAGCUUGAACGACAGGUCAAAGCUCAUAAAGAUCUUGUCAAGUCGUUCAGAAAGGUAAGCAAAGAGAGGAAGGCACUUAGAAAGCACUACGGAAAAAAACUCCGUCGGAACAACAACAGGGUAGAACAGGGUAACAAACACCGGAGUUUGAAUGGCGAAAUGUUGGAACAAGUUAAAGAUUUGGAAAAUAAAUUGGGCGAGAAGCACAGUCAGUAUGAGACGCUCCGAGGUGCUCAUAACGAACUUAAAAAUGAACUUGAAAACCUUCGACGUAUCGUAAAAGAAGGCAAGAAGGAAGGGUUUAAACUGGCCGAGUCUCGCCGCCAAGCUCUUCACCGAUAUAACUCACUUGCCAAGGAACACAAGAAGGAACGCAAAGUCUACGACAAGGCUUCCAGAAAAUACGAAUCACUUCGUCAUGAUAAUUAUAUAAGGGAGGUUAGCCUGGACAACCUACAGGCGAUGUUAGAUGAGAAAGUUCGCGAGGUGGAGGAGCAUCUACAGCGGCUUCAGAACCUGGAAGAAAGGUACAAUGAAAAGAACGAAUUACUCGAUGACCAUCGCGUGCGAGAACACAAAUGGCUUCAGGGAUCCGCGAAGUUCAAGCAAGAAGCCAUUGAUUUGAACAGCCAAUUGAAGCGUUACCAGUCGCUGACUGAGGAGAGAGAAAGAGAACUUGACAGACUACAUACAACACUUACUCAGAAAGAUGAGGAAAUUGAGUUCCUUACCAGAAAGGUGGAAGCUACGAGGCUGUCAGUAGCUGACACUCGGCAAGAACAUAGCGAGUGUCAGCAGCAGUAUGAACAUAUAAACUUGAAGUAUCGUCGCGCACUUAAUCGGAAUGAUUAUCUUAAGUCUUCACCUCACUGAUCGGUUGUUCCAGAGUGUGUGGACUGCUGUUCCAGAGUGUGUGGACUGCUGUUCCAGAGUGUGUGGACUGCUGUUCCAGAGUAUGUGGAUCGCUGUUCCAGAGUGUGUGUGGACCGCUGUUCCAGAGUGUGUGGACCGCUGUUCCAGAGUGUGUGUGGACUGCUGUUCCAGAGUGUGUGGACUGCUGUUCCAGAGUAUGUGGAUCGCUGUUCCAGAGUGUGUGGACUGCUGUUCCAGAGUAUGUGGAUCGCUGUUCCAGAGUGUGUGUGGACCGCUGUUCCAGAGUGUGUGGACCGCUGUUCCAGAGUGUGUGGACCGCUGUUCCAGAGUGUGUGGACCGCUGUUCCAGAGUGUGUGGACCGCUGUUCCAGAGUGUGUGGACCGCUGUUCCAGAGUGUGUGUGGACCGCUGUUCCAGAGUAUGUG